GAGCUUUCACAGCGCGUAGUAUGCGAGAGAAACGCGUGAUCACAAUUACUUAGCUGGCUACCAUCAAAAUACAAGUCGGAAUCUGCAUUUAGUUCAACAGUAACUUCGCGGUGUCAGGAUAAUGAUCGAUACGAAUACAGAGGGUUGUGAAAGGAAACACGAUACAUAACGCUCAUGGCUCCCCUCCUGCAGUGGGCUGUGCUCAGUUGUGGCCCUCAGCACUGACCAACUCCCAGAUGCCCCCGUUUAUCUCUGGAAGAGUUUAGGGGUGAAUUUUUCUCUUUGACAUAAUUGGACGGGAUGCUGAUUGUUGAUAAGUGAGGUCAUUAUGAUCAAAUUGCUCAGCAAACUCAGGAAUGCAGCAAUGAGGUGUCAUGUGUGGUGGCAGACGGACUGGGGAAUUCUUCUGUUUCCCGUCACAAAUGCUCUUGCAGCUCCUCUCUUUGCCUUUGUGUGCGCGCGCCGCUUAGCCCCUGGAGACCAGCACCAGCAGUGGAUUUCCCAGAGUCGCAUGCCUCCGUGCCCCCCAGCAUGCAGCAGCUGUGAGUUCCUGGCCGUGCGUGUGAUGGAGGGUUUGCCUGUCCACUGAGUGUGCUGCGUUCGGCACUGCAGCCAUGUCUGCUUGCAACGCCUUCACUGAACACGUGUGGAAACCUGGCGAGUGCAAGAACUGCUUCAAGCCCAAGAGUCUGCAUCGCCUGCCCGAGGGGGCCUCGCGCAAGCUUCCUCCUGAGCACGCCUCCAGCGCCCCCAGCCACACCUCCACGGGGGGUAGGAGUAACAUUAACCAGCAUAGCCACUCCCCCGUGCGGGCUGGGGCUAGCACUAACGCCAACCUCACCAGCAGCACUCAGAGAGGUGGCGGCUCCUCCCGCUCGGGCCAGUUCCGCCCUCCCGUGGCCAAGAAACCCACCAUCGCGGUGAAGCCCACCAUGAUGCUGCCGUGUUUUGGGGCGGGGCUAGAUGCAGAGGGGAACCUGCAGAAGCCAGUGGAAGGGGCGGAGUCUGGAAAAGCUUCGGCUUUCACCGCCUGGAAUCAAAAUGGGCUGAACCGAAAAAGGCCCGCAGGACCAAACAACAAUGAAGGAGAGGACAGCAGAGGGGAGAUAGAGGGAUACGCUCCCCUCUAUCCACCCAGCAGCAGCAACAACAACGGGCUGACGGACGUGCUGAAGGAGAUCGCGGGUCUGGGAUCUGGCCCUGCCUCUGCAAGGGAUGACUUCCUGGACCGGAUCGGCUGCUCGUAUCGGCGUUCACUGGAGAGAGGCCUGCCUGCCACAGGCUGCCUGGCCGUGGGAAAUACCAGCGGUUGCGGCAGUGGGGCAGGCAAGCGCGUCUCUCUGAGUGACAGUGCCGAGAUUAUCAGCUCGGAGGGGGGGCGCUUCUGCUACCCGGAAUUCUCCAGUGAUGGAGAGGAGGAUGAGGAUGGGGAUGAGGACACCCAGGAUGAUGAUGAGGAUGAGGACGACGAUGGCGAGCAUGAGAGCUGGGAUGAGAGCGAUGAAGAGCUUUUGGCUAUGGAGAUUCGGAUGCGGGGCCAGCCACGCUUCGCUAAUUUCCGUGCCGCCACGCUGUCUCCUGUCCCAUUUGCGGCUGGGAAGAAGUGGAACACUGUGCCCCUGCGAAACCGCUCACUGCAGAGGAUAUGUGCGGUAGACUACGACGACACUUAUGAUGAGAUUCUGAAUGGUUAUCCUUCAGUGGACUCGAAUGGAACUCCCAGUCUACUCCCGUACGGCACUGGUCCCCAGGGCAGCGGCUUCCUGUCCACCUCAGAGUCCACCACCUCGCCAGAAUCCUCUUCUUCCCUCCCGGAGGACUCCUGCACCUCCAGCAGUGGCAGCAGUGUCCCGUGUGGCCAUCGGAAUGGAUUGCACCCCCCUCAGGCUGGAGGAGAGACCGCAGAGCAGCGAGACCCAGCUGUCCGAGCACUGAGCUCACCUAAAGGCACCGAAACCCAUAAAGCCGUUCUGGCCAUCCAGCUGCAGGAACAAGAUGGCAGUCAGAGGGAGGGUGGGGCUCUUCCACAGGCUCUCCCUGGCCAGCCAAUCACGAUUAGCUUCAGCCCCACUGAGGAGCAGGCCAAGCCAUACAGAGUGGUGAGUUUGGAGAAGACACCCAUCUGUAAGCCCUACACUGUGGUGGACGUGUCUGCCUCUAUGGCCAGCACGGAAGAGCGAACACCUGACAGCACUUCCAAACUCAAGAGUCCAAACACAGUGCUGAGUCCUCCGCCCUACCCUGGAGCCUCUAAGAUCAUCCCUCCAUUAGCUGCCUCUCCUAUCUGUCCCAAAUCCCCACUUUCCCCCAAGUCUGUAGCAGUAUCUCCUACGACUUUGGUAUCUCCACUUGUUCCAGUCUCUCCUUCAGUACUGGUCUCAACCGCUGCUGCCCCCAGCCCCUCAUGCAGGGGGCCAGGGAUUACCCGCUACCAGGAGGUGUGGACAUCAAGCACCAGCCCCCGGCAAAAGCUCCCCAAGGUAGAGUUAAUGAGCGGGGUGUCACAUGGGCCUUCUGUGCCUCCCAGACACGGCAACCACAAAUCAGCUCCCACCUCCCCAAUCACUGGCCUCUCUUCAUCACGCACGGUACCUGUCAAAUCACCAAACCUGUCUGAGAUUAAGUUCAACAGCUACAACAACGCCGGCAUGCCCCCUUUUCCCAUCAUCAUCAGAGACGAACCCACGUAUGCGCGUAGCUCGAAGAACGCAGUGAAGGUACCUAUCGUGAUCAACCCCAGCGCCUAUGACAACCUGGCCGUGUACAAGAGCUUCUUGGGCCUGAGCGGGGAACUUCCACAACCCAAGCCUGGAGGAGGUGGCCGAGUGACCAGCCACACGUACGAGGAGAUCGGCUCCUCUGACAGCACGCAGCCCUCCCCCACCGAGCACGUGUCCAGCAGGACACUCACCCCAGGCGCUGCUGAUGGAGAAAGGGACCCUGUAAGGGCAGGGGAGGCUUUUCAUGAUAACAGAGCCAAAAGCACUGGUGAGCCAAGUGUAGCAGCAGCCAACCUCUCCGUCACUUUCUCCACGCCUAAGGCCAGUGCCUGUCCCUUUCCCAGCACUCUCUCUGGCAGCCUGGGCAAAAGCGUAUCCACCACAGCCAACCUCAGCCACAGCCGCAGCUCCAGUGAGGAGCCUUCGGCGGCGGGAAAUGGCGAAUGCCAAUCCUCUUUCAGCACCGGUACAGGGCACAGGGAAAAGGCCAGCAUGGUGCUGUCUCAGUUAGUAGCCUCCAUCCAGCCUCCCCAGUCUCCUCCGGAGUCGCCAUCCCCUCAGGGCAAGACUUGUAGCACAGAGGAGCUCUACUCCCUCCCCCCUGAUGCCACGAGGGGUACACUCAACAGACCCAAGUCCCUCCACUGUCCUGCAGACGGCUCGCUGACCAAGUCCCACAAAGACGCACCACCCAAGAUCCUACCCAAGUCCCAAAGUGCCUCAGCAGCCGAGCCCCCAACAAGUCCCAGGAUUGAGCCUGGUGCUCCCUUCCCCCCACCCAGAUCCACCUCUUCCCCCUACCAUGCCACCAACCUGCUCCAGAGGCACUUUAGCAACUGGACCAGACAGUCCAGCUCCAGGCCAAGCGAUGGGGAGAUCAGCCCCGGGGCAGAGGGCAGGCGAUCAGGCGAUGGCAACAAGCCCAAGCGCUGGAUAUCCUUCAAGAGCUUCUUCCGCCGACGGAAGGAUGAGGAAGAACAGAAGGAGAAAGCAGAACGAGAGAAGGAGAAAGGAAAGCUGGUGGGUUUGGAUGGGACUGUGAUAACCAUGCUGCCUCCUCCCCCCAUCCAGAGGCAGCACUGGUUUUCAGAGUCAAAAACAGAUGACCCUGGCCAGAAGCCGACCAUCAUAUUCACAUAUAAACCUGAGAGUGGUACGGGGGGCGAUGGGGAGGCGGAGCUCCGGGUGGAGGAGUGUAAUGCAUCCGCAGUAGGGGCCGGUGGAGCAAUGUCUUUCAGCCAGUCGGGCCCCCCCAAGAGCAGAGCCAGCCUCCUCAUCAGCAAAGUCAUGAGCCAGAUGCCUGUUGAGCGUCCGGAGACGGAGAUACCUGCCCCCAUCACCUCCCUUCCCGCCAAGCUGGAGCUGUCACCUGUGUGCGAGGCAGCCGGCCCGCGCACGCACCCCCCCACCCACCGCCUCUCCCCCAGCGAGGGCAGCACCAGCCUGGGCGAGCCUGAGGAAGACGAGGGUCCACUCACACUCUCCCACUCCCACUCUGCUCUGAGCCCUGGCAGUGCCACCUACACCAACCUCGGUCAGUCCAGGGCCAGUAUGAUCCCCCUGAAGCAUCCCAGACACCCCAAAACCUCUGACGAUGCUCUUCACUCUGACCCUGAGGGUCCGGACCCUGGCAGCAAGGCCACACCCCCACCGCUGCCAAAGAAGUCGGUGCCACGUGCCCACACGGAGCCCUCACUGGCCAGGGAGCCGGCGGUCCCUCGGGCCCGGGGCGAGGUGCGGCCGGGUGGCACCAGUCUGAGCGUGGCGAACCCGCUCUACGACCUGGACUCCACCUGGGACACGGCCAGCCAGAGCUCCUCCCUCAGCUCCGAUGCUCGUCAGCUUGAUGAGUCAGGCGACUCCCUGGAGCGACCUGCCGGGGGGAGGAGCCUGUCCUGUCUGACCAACAGCGGCCCAGCGCAGGGCCCCGAGAGGCGGGCUUCCGAGCGCAGGGGCUGCCGCAGCACGGAGAGCCUGGCCGCCAGGGGGCGUUCCUCCGGCAGGGGCCGGGAUGGGGGCGGUGCCAAGCCUCAGCGGCAGGCGCUCUACAAGGGCAUGGAGAGUUGGGAGGAGGUGGUGGGGCGCAUCCGCAGCCUGCACACAGACACUCUGUGUAAGCUGGCCGGCCGCUGCGAGGACCGCUUCAUGGCCGGCCAGAAGGAGCACCUCCGCUUUGGCACAGACAGCUGGUCCCACUUCCGGCUGACCACGGGCAGGCCAUGCUGCGAGGCGGGUGACGCCGUGUACUACACCGCCGCCUACGCCAAGGACCCACUUGUCAACUACGCCGUCAAGAUCUGCAGGUACAAGGUUAAAGAGGCUCAGCAGCAGUUUUUCCACAGCCUGGCCGUUCGCCAGAGUCUGCCUGUGCACUUCAACAUCCAGCAGGACUGUGGCCACUUCCUGGCCGAUGUCCCCGCCCGCCUUCUGCCCUGGGAGGAGAAAGAGGAGGAGGAGGAGGAGGAGGAGGAGGAGGAGGAGGAGAAGGAGAAGAGUGAGAAAGAAAGGGAAGGGAGCAGCCAGGAGAUCGGGGAGGAGCCCGUGGCGGGGCGGGGCCGAGAAGCGGUGGCCUGCAGUGGGGGGACGAGCCCGGGUGGGAAGCUGCGCAGCCGUGUGGUGGUGAUUACGCGCGAGGUACCCUUCCAAACGGUGGCCGACUUUGUGCGGGAGGGCGUUGGGCGGCACGCACGCAACCCCGAGCUGUAUGAGCGGCAGGUGUGUCUGCUACUGCUGCAGCUGUGCACCGGCCUCGAGCACAUGAAGCCCCACCACGUGACACACUGCGACCUGCGCCUGCACAACCUGCUGCUGGUGCACUGCCAGCCGGGCAACCCCUGGAACCUGGACCUCCUGGAGCCCAACAAUAACGGUGGCACAGGGGCGGGGCCGGCAGUGGCUGCCACCUCCUCUGCCUGCCCCGCCCGCCUCAUCAUCAGCAACUUCUCGCAGGCCCGGCAGAAGAGCACGGCGGCAGCAGUGGCUGAGCGUGAGGCACCUACAGACCGCUCCCGCCUGGCUCCCGAGCUGGCCGCCGCCGCGCAAUACCGCAAGUGCGACGAGUUCCAGACGGGCAUCCUCAUUUAUGAGAUGCUGCACCGGCCUAACCCGUUCGAGGAGGCCCCCGGGCUGAAGGAGAGGGAGUACGCGCCCUCCGAUCUGCCGCCGCUGCCUGCCCGCUCGCUGUACUCGCGGGGCCUCCAGCGGCUGGCGGCCCUGCUGCUCUACGCCAACCCAUCGGAGCGCAUCAACAUGGGGGAGGCACGCGCCUGCGUGCAGUGUCUCCUGUGGGGGCCGCGUGAGGACCUCCUCCAGGCUCUAGGACCCGCCGCGUCUCCCACCCAGCGGCAGGCCACUCUCCAGAACUGGCUGGACCUGAAACGCACACUGAUGAUGAUCAAGUUCGCAGAGCGCUCGCUGGACUCGCGCUGCGGCGUCAGCCUGGAGGACUGGCUCUGCUGCCAGUACCUGGCCUUCGCCACCACAGACUCCAUCGACAGGGUCAUACGCCUCCUGCAGGAGCCGCAGGGGCAGCUGCUCUGAGCUCUGCUGCUCAUGGCCAGACUCAUUUGGACACGCCCCCGCACGCUUGUUUCAUCAUUGCCGUAGUGACUCUGGGGUCACAGGCCACACCCUUGCUGGAGUUUGCUAGCACAUGCACAUUUGCGCUGUACUCGUGAUUUUUCUUUCCCCCCCCCCCCAAACAAUCGUUUUUGUGAUUUAGUAGUUUAUAUCUGGGUUUACUUUGAUAUUGGUUGUUGAAGAGCAAUUCACACCAUGUAAUUAGUUGUUUGCUAUUAAUAUUUCUUUGGCUCAAAGAUGCAGUUUGUUGGAUUAUCUGUUAGUGAAAAGGUUUUUUUGUUUGUUUGUUCGUUUGUUUUAUUUUUUAUUAUCGUCCUUCUAACAUCUGGUUUUCUCACAGUACAGUCUCCAUGAUAAAAUGCUAACACAUGUCAGCUCUAGUUUAAAGUUGCACCUGUUUAGGAGAGCGGUGGUCUGCCAUCAGCUGCUAGUCUCCUGUGCUGUGAUGACACGUUUACCUAGCUUGGGUCUGUGAGGAGUUCACUCAGUGCCUGAGAGACCUGGCUGGCACACUAGUUCCGGUACAGCGGUAUGCCAGUAGUGGAGCAGGAGACGUGCGUGUUGCAAUGAGUGUAGAUGUGAGAGGAGAUGCCCCCAAGAGCCACACAUCCUCUCCCCCACCCCU